CUCAGAACAUUGAGUUUCUCUCUUAUUUGCUCUCUCCGUGUAUGUGUGUAGGAAUAUGGCUGAGGCCAGCAUUUCAGUUGAUCAGGAUCAGUUUAUUUGUCCAGUGUGUCUGGAUUUCCUGAAAGAUCCUGUAGCUACUCCCUGUGGUCACAGUUACUGUAAGGUGUGUAUUAAUGGCUUCUGGGAUCAGGAGGAUGUGAAGGGUGUCUACAGCUGCCCCCAGUGCAGAGAGACUUUCACCCCAAGGCCUGUUCUAUACAGGAACAACAUGCUGGCUGAAGUGGUGGAGAAACUGAAGAAGACUGAACUCCAAGCUGCUUCUCCUGAUCACUGUUAUGCUGGACUUGGAGAUGCGAAGUGUGAUUCCUGCACCGGGAGAAAACACAAAGCCAUCAAGUCCUGUCUGGUGUGUCUGGCCUCCUUUUGUGAAGAUCAUCUUAAACCUCACUAUCAGUCUCCUGCCUUUAAGAAGCACAAGUUAGUUGAAGCCUGUGCAGAGCUCCAAGAGAAGAUCUGCUCUGAACACGACAAACUGAUCGAGAUCUUGUGUCGUACUGACCAAAGCUUCAUCUGUUAUUCGUGUACAAUGUUUGAACACAGAGGUCAUGAUACAGUGGUAGCUGAAGUCGAAAGAAAUGAAAAACAAAAUGAGUUAAAGGAGGAGCAGAUGAAAUCCCAGCAGAGGAUCCAGGAGAAGCAGAAGAAGGUGCAGAAGCUGAAACAGACUGUGGACACUAUUAAGAUGCGUUCACAGGCAGCAGUAGAUGACAGUGAGAGGAUCUUUACUGAGAUGAUCAGCUCCAUGGAGAAAAAGCGCUCGGAGGUGACGGAGCUGAUCAGAGCUCAAGAGGAAGCUGAACUGAGUCAAGCUGAACGACUCCUGAAGCAACUGGAGCAGGAGAUUGCUGAUCUUCAGAGGAGAGUCACUGAGCUGGAGCAGCUUUCACACACACACGAUCACAUCCACUUCCUCCAGAGUUUCCCAUCUCUCUGUGUUUCUCCUGGAUGUGACGACUCACCCAGCUUCACUGUCAAUCAACAUCUCUCGUUUGAUGGAGUGAGGAAAUCUCUCUCAGAUCUGAAAAAACGAGUUGAGGAAGUAUAUCAGGAGGAAAUGAACAAAAUUGUCCUAAAUGAUUUCUGUUAUCUGACUCUGGAUCCAAACACAGCACAUCCUAAACUCAUUCUGUCUGAGAACAACAGAGCGGUGACACACGAGAAGAAAAAACAGCCUUACCCUUAUCAUCCAGAGAGAUUUGACCAGCGUGUUCAGGUGUUGUGUAAGGAGAGUGUGUGUGGACGCUGUUACUGGGAGGUGGAGUGGAGAAGUGAUGUGUUCAUAUCAGUCUCAUACAAAGAGAUCAGCAGGAAAGGACAGGGUGAUGAAUGUGGGCUUGGGCGCAACAGUCAGUCCUGGAGUCUGCGAUGUUCUUCUUCCUCUGUCUCUUUCUGGCACAACAAAAUUAAGACUGAUCUCCGAGGUCCAGUAUACUCCAGAAUAGGAGUGUAUGUGGAUCACAGUGCAGGAACUCUGUCCUUCUACAGUGUCUCUGAUGCAAUGAGGCUCCUCCACAGAGUCCACACCACAUUCACUCAGCCUCUAUACGCUGGGUUCUGGCUAUGGAGUUAUGACUCAACUGUGAGGUUAUGUGAUCCAAAAUUUAAUGUAAAUGAAAGUGAUGAGGUGUCAGAUUAAAUUCUGCCUAAAUGAUGAUGACACAUUUGUGUGACAAAAUGAACAAGCUAAACAUUAUUAUUAUUAUUAUUAUUAUUAUUAUUAAUUUUAUUAGUGGUAGUGGUGGUGGUCGUAGUAGAUUAUGUUAUUAUUAGAUUAUAUUAUUAAAGAUUGUAGAAGUUACAUAAAUUUCUUCAUGCAAAAUGUAGGAUGUUUCUAGGAAAAAGGUAAACAAACAGAUGAUGUAAGAUAUUGUCUGUCCUGGUAAGUGAAAGUUAUAUCUUAUUCUAAAAUGUUCAAUCAAAAUAACAUGACUUAAUUGAUGUGACAUCAAAUAAAGUUGGGUUCAGUCAGCAUCAAACAGGAAGUAGACAAAAUGAUAUACAGUGGUGCUUGAAA